AUGUCUUCCAUGCGCAAUGCUGUCACCCGACGCCCUCAUCGAGAGCGCGCGCAACCUGAAGCGCGAAAGAAAUGGGGUCUUCUCGAAAAGCACAAAGACUACUCGCUGCGUGCGCAAGACUACAACACGAAGAAGAAGAAGCUCUCACAGCUCACGACAAAGAUUCGCGACCGCCAUCCGGACGAAUUUGCAUAUGGCAUGCUUAACAAAGGUUCAGGGAAGCAGGGAAAGCACGGGCGGAGUGGCGACGAGAAUAGACUCAGCCACGAUGCGGUCAAGCUGUUGAAAACUCAAGACGCGGGCUACUUGCGUGUAGCGGCUGCCCGAGGAAGGAAGGAGAUGAAGAAGGUCAAUGAACAGUUAGGCGUGGCUGAGGGAUCUACAGGACAGAAGAUCGUGUUCGAGGAUGCUGCGCCCCAAGAAGACAAGAGGGGGAAGAAGCGAGAUUCUGGAGGUCAUGUGCUGGAAGAUGUCAACAUGAACGAGGUCGCGUACCCAGAGCUGCCUGCUUUGGGUAUGAAUAGUGAUGACGAGGUUGAGAAUCCCGAGGAAUCGGACGUGCCCACGAGCCGGGCUAAGGCCAAGAAAGCGCUUCAUCUCGAGAAAGACGCAUCUGCGAGGUUACGCGCAGAGCGCAAGAGGCGAAGACGGCUGCAGGAGGUCCGCAAAGUCAAGCUGGACAUGCUCAAGAAGCGACAACAAGAGAUCCUAGCGACCGCGGAUCAACUCGACUUGCAAAGGGCCAGAAUGGCUAAGGCGAUUGGCGGUGUGAACAAGACCGGAGUCAAGUUCAAGCUACGGGAGCGAAAAAGAUGA